GUCCGAAUCGUCUUUAUUCUACACCAAACAUAGAAUUAAAAAACUACCAGUCCCAUUUAACAUUAAAGAAACUUAACAUCAACGCAACUUCUAGAAAAAUCACAUCAAUUUAUCAAAUUCCAUAUCUCAAUUUUUCACAAAUCUUGAACCCCCCCAAAAAAAAUAAAAAAAUUCAGUGAUAUAUAGUAUUAGAAGAAGAUGUCGUGGCAAACAUAUGUUGAUGAUCAUUUGAUGUUUUAUCAUCUCAUUUCUGCUGCUAUUAUUGGUCAAGAUGGUACUGUUUGGGCACAAUCUGCUAAUUUCCCUCAGUUUAAACCAGAAGAAAUAACAGCCAUAAUGAAUGAUUUUGCUGAACCUGGAACACUUGCUCCAACUGGUUUAUUUCUUGGGGGAGCAAAGUAUAUGGUGAUUCAAGGGGAGGCAGGAGCUGUUAUACGAGGCAAAAAGGGUCCUGGUGGUAUCACCGUUAAGAAGACUAACCAGGCUUUGAUCAUUGGAAUAUAUGACGAGCCCAUGACUCCUGGCCAGUGUAAUAUGAUUGUUGAAAGGCUGGGUGACUAUCUCAUUGAACAAGGUCUCUAGGCAUGCUGUGAGUGAAUAUUCUACAUAAUUGAGGCCAUAAAGAAGUCUUGUGUGUUUUAUGGUGGAGAGUUGGGUAGCUCUUCUGUGUAUCAACUGUACUGUCAUUGUAACAUUUUUCUUCUUUUAAUUUUGUGUUUACUUUAAGCUUUUGGUGUGGACCUAUUGGUUGGUUAUAUAUAAUUAUAGUAGAAUGGCUAAAUUUGAAUA